UCAAACAGUCAGAAGAAGAGAAGAAAUCUUGAGAAAGGAAGUUUGGAUUGAAUGCAAUAUCCUAAUUCAUUUUCGCAUGUAAUUUAGUCUUCCAUCGUUCAAUCAUUGUUAAUCCCCGCCAGAAUUGUAACUGCUGUUGCCGCCGUCCAUGCAGUACCGCCAACUCUCCAAGCAUUCAAUGCUGAUUUCAAGUUUCCUAAAAUUUCGGAAUUCUGAGUUGUCUUUGGUGAUUUGAAUUUUGAAUUUGAAGAAAAAGAAUCUGGAGACUAACGGUCUAGAGUGAUUGUAUUAGAAAUGGUAAGGAGAGAAAAUAUUGGGAUUGAAGGACAGAAACUCCAAUAAUCAACUUGAAUCAACAGUCAGAACCGAAGAUGAAGAAACUAUUUCUAAGAUCGUUUGGCACUGGCCAUGGGAAAAAUAAUUCAGCUCUUCCAUCAACAAAUGAAAGCCAAACUCACUGGGAACAUCCAUUUGAGAGUAGGACAAGUAGUUCUAAAGCUGGAAGUAGUCCCCAAAGUACCAGGUCUGGGAAGCAUAUAGAUGACAGUGAAAGGUUCGGCAUGGGUCCUAAACUUAGAAGGACCCGGUCAUUAUCUUCUGCUGCAUUUAGAGACCAAGGUCAAGUAGACUUUUAUGGUUCAAGUGAUCCAAGUAGAACUCCUGGCAAUUCUAGUAGUGGCUUUAAACAGCAAUGUGAACCGUCAUCUCGUUGCCAAAGUCCAUCUCGAGAAAUGCAAUUCAAGACAAAGCAGAUGGAAAUGCCAAAUGAUUACUAUACUUCGGGAUUUGUUAGGCCAAGCUCCAGAGCUUGCUAUGAUUCAUCAGGAAAUUCUUCCACUAGCGUCAGUUCUGUUUCAAAUAGAGUCUUAGACCGCUAUAUAGAUGGUGAACAACACCAAGAAAUAAAUGGAUCUAUGAAUAAGUGUUCUCAGAGAAAUAAUGGGUGGCGUCCUCCACGAGCUCAGUGUCUGCCACACUCUUCAACAACAGCUAGUAUUAAAGAUAAACCAAGAUCAUAUUCAUCCAGAGAAGCUAAAGGUUCUAUUUCUCAUUUAUUAUCCGAAGAAGUGGGAGAAUAUGGAUUUGGAAACGACUCACCUCAAAGUAUUGCGAAGACUGUUGUUGACAGACUCUCACAACAUCAUGUUGUGCCUAAAGUGAACUCAAGAGAGCUUGGUGAAAAUGUACCCAUCACAGUUACAGAUAUUCAUACUCGAUCGUCUAAUGGAUGCUUUGAUCCUAAUUCAGAUUUAGCGAACCAACCAUGUUUCCCUACAGAUGCGCCUUGGAAAACAGUUAGUGAACACAUGUAUGAGACCUGUAAGCCUAGUGAAACUAAUGAGGACUUUGAUGGAGAAUUACAAAAGAGGGCCAAGGAAGCAGAGGAGAGGGUCAUGUAUCUGUCUGAAGAACUUGAACAAGAACGUUUCAAUCAAUAUAGAAAAUUUGAUGUGUCAGAUCUGAUCCAGAUAAUUAAAAUUCUCACUGGGGAGAGGUUCACAUUUGCACUUGAAAUUUCAAAUCUUUUACAGUCUCGGAUUGCUGAUAGGACAUGUGCCAGAGAGGAGCUCAGACAGGCAAAUGCAGAAUUGGAGUCAAGAACACAGAAACUAGAGAAGGAGAAAAUUGAGCUGCAGGUAGGACUAGAGAAGGAACUAGACAGAAGGUCAAAUGACUGGUCGUUCAAGCUUGAAAAGUACCAAUUAGAGGAGGAGGGGUUAAGGGGGCGAGUUAGAGAACUAGCUGAACAGAAUGUCUCACUACAAAGAGAGGUUUCUUCUUUAAACAAGAUGGUAACAGAAAACAGAACCAUAACAACUAAUCUUGAGCAAAAUAUCGUGGACCUAACGGCUAAAAUUGAUGAAAAGAACGAAGAAAAUAAAUAUUUACAGAUAAAUCUUUCUAAAUUAGAAGAAGAUUACAGGGGAGCAAUAGAAGGUAUGGAUUGCAUCAGAAAGAAUUAUGAGGAGAAAGAGAAGGAGUGCAAAGAUUUACAUAAAUCAAUCACAAGGUUAUCAAGAACCUGCAACGAACAAGAGAAGACCAUAGAUGGUUUGCGGGAGAGAUUAAGCGAACAAUUUAGUAAUAUUCAGCCAGUGGAGAAAUUUGAUAAGCAAUUCGAAAGAUUGAAGAUAGAACAGAUGAGAUUAACAGGAGUGGAACUGGCUUUGAGAAAGGAGUUAGAAUCUUGUAGAGUUGAAGUUGAUUCUCUUCGAUGUGAGAAUAUAAAAAUAUUGACUCGCUUAAAAGACAAUGGGAAUGAAAGUGGUGCUAUAACCUUCAAGUUGGAUAAUGAAAUGUCAGCUCGUGUUUACCAUCUUCAAAAUCAAGGUCUGGUAUUACUAAAUGAGAGUACUCAAUUUUGUUCCAAGUUACUUGAAUUCAUUAAAGAGAAAGUUGGUCAGUUUUGUCCAACCGAGCAUAGAAUGGAGCAUAUCAAGAACGGCUUAGAUGGCCAAUUUUUUAUUGAGUCUGAAAUCAAAAUUCAGAGCCUCAAGCAUGGAAUUGAGAGCCUAACAAUGAGUUUACAGAAAAUAUCUAUGUUGUUGCAAGCAAAGUCUAACCCCACUUCUCAGACUUCAGGUGUAGACGCACUACAACUCAAUUGUCAAUAUCCAGAGGAUGGUUUAAGAUCCGAACUAAAAGCAGAAACUUUAUUUUCAAGUCUGUUGAGAGAGAAACUAUACUCUAAGGAAUUGGAAGUGGAGCAGUUGCAAGCUGAACUGGUAACAGCAGUAAGAGGGAACGACAUACUAAAAUGUGAAGUUCAAAAUGGAAUGGAUGGCCUUUCCUGCCUUACCCAUAAGAUGAAAGAUCUUGAACUUCAGUUACGGAUGAAAAACGAGGAGAUAAGCAAGUUACAAAUGGGGGUGGAAGAGUCUACAAGGGAAUUAGAAAGUGUAAAGGCGAUAUUAGAGAAAGUUUCAAAGGAGAGAGACAUGAUGUUGGAGGAAGUAAACAAAUACAGGGAAAAGAAUAUGCUAUUGAACUCAGAAGUUGAUGUGUUGAAAUCAAACGUAGAGACACUGGAAGAGGAUAUUCUGCUGAAGGAAGGUCAGAUAACAAUUUUAAAAGAUACAAUUGGGAGUAAAUCUAUUGACCUUCUUGCUUCUCCCAAUUCUUCAUGGGAUUUUCAACUGCAGUAA